AUGAAUGAAAAAGGAACAAAUGAAGCAUGGAUAGACAACAAUAUAGAGGAUACUCUUGACCGAUAUAAUAUCUACCAUAAAUAUAUUGAUGAAUCACAAGAGUUUGUUGGUGACCUUAAAGACCAAAUUCAUGAAGAAUAUAGAGAUAGAGAUGACUAUGAAUAUUAUGAAAUAUUCGAUGAUGAUACAUAUUAA